AUGGACGCCUCGGUUCUGCUUGGUCUUCGAUUCAAAAAGAUGACCACAAAAGCUGAACGGCCGGAUCUGAGACGGAAUAUCGCCCCCAGUCCAAAUAGGAACUCUGGAUAUCUUUGGCGAUGGCUCGUGAUUGCGCUCAUUGACGUGGGCCUCAAUGCGCCAGAAAACUUGUCCCGAUUGGGGCUCAUUCUUGGAAUUAUUGAGUACAGUGACAACGAACUCUUUUAUAUAUACAGGAUCAUGGCUCAGGUUCCCUACUACUUGCAAUUUGGCUUCAACGGUUUCUACCUAGCACUGUUCAUCUACGAUAAGUCGACUCGACCGCAGCGGAGGCGGCUCAUUGAAAGCUUCAGCGCUGACCAUCACAACUCCGAACGACCACGAGAAGCUCAUGAGCUGCACCCAGUUGAGUGCAACUCCUUGUGUGACUCCGGAAUCGAGGACGAGCCAUGUCGUGUCUGA